AUGCCGAAACAGACAUCCCUGCGAGGAUCCAAAAGAUCCAGACCCUACCCUGACCCAAAAACGAGACCGAUGAUGUCGAACACCAAAACGAACCCAUCGCGAACACCUGCUGCGGCAGUGGGAGCGACAGCACGUCGCCCGCCGCCAGCGUGGGAACAUCAUCAAACUUCCCCCAGCUCCAUGCCGCCACCACGUUUCUCCAUGUUCGAUCGUCGGGUCGUGCAAGACUGCGCAGCACCUCUAUCCCCCACCACUCCCUCCGCAUCUAGCAGCCCAUCGGUUCCAUGGUCGCCGCAUGACGAUAAGGUUCUCAUGUCCGCUCGUGCGCUAGGCCACGGCUGGAGUCAGAUCCAAAAGGAAAAUUUCCAUUCGAAGAGUCCCAACGCGUGUCGAAAGAGGCAUGAACGACUCGUUGCAAAGCGUCGGGGUUCCGAGUGGGAAGAUGAGCGUGUCGAGAAGGUCACAAGGCACUAUCACCAAAUGCGGCGGGAUAUUUGGCGGCCGCUAGCGGAGGCGGCGGGAGAAAACUGGGAAGAUGUAGAAAAGAUUUGUCUGACACGCGGCCAGAGAAACCUCCUUCCCAUGCCAACACACAGCUCGAUUAGGAGACUAAGCUCCGAUAACGAGAGUCGCGGAAGUCAUGAGAGUCAUGACGAAGAAAAGCUUCGAAUCCCUAACCUUAUCCGCUGA